AUGUUUUUGGUCUUGUUGUUGAUAGGCCUGUAGUUGCUUCAGCUGGUAUUCUUGCGGUUGUUACUGCUGGUAUGCUUGUGGUUGUUACUGCUGGUAUGCUUGUAGUUGUUACUGCUGGUAUGCUUGUGGUUGUUGCUGCUGGUAUACUUGCGGUUGUUACUGCUGGUAUGCUUGCGGUUGUUACUGCUGGUAUGCUUGCGGUU